AUGGGCAAGUCUGCCGCCCAGAAGAGCCCAGCCCUCAAGCUGUGCAUCCAGGCCGGCGCUGGGAAAACGGUGUUUGACUACCUCACCAACGCGGGGCGCAAGGCGCCGCUCAACGUCAAGAUCCUCAACCACAAUUGGACAUCGUACCUCGCCACCUGCAGCAAUAAGUCACUGCUGGUCGUACCACCAGGCGAGCGUGAGACGUCACCCAUCAAGGGGCUGCUGGGCGAGCCAACAAGCAAGAACAACUGCUGGCCCCUGACCGAGUCAAGGCUGAUUGAAAUCGCCGAGACCGUCGACCUGAACAAGGAGAGGAGUAAGGGUGUGGACGUGCAGCGGCUGAAGUUCUUCGCCAGGUUUGGUGGCGAGAACGGCGUCGUGACUUCCAGCAGCGUGGCCGCCGCGCGCACCGCAAUCAAGGCAGGCGAGCUGCCGCCGGGCAGCAGCGCUCUGGCCACACAGCAGCAGAUGCCCCCUUACCCGCAUGACAUGUGCAUGCCCGCAGAUACACAUGCACACACCAAAUAA